AACCGAGUGAAGUGGAUUAACUAGCUACACUCGUCAUUGCUGAUGAAACUUCAACUAAAAGGAGAGGAAAACAUCAACAAAAUGGUGGCAAACGGAGUUUCUAGAGGGCGACCAGGUCGCACACCACAAUUCCUAACUCUAGGCCUGUUAGUGGUCAUCUGUAUUUUAGCUUUUAAUUACUGGAAUGUGUCGUCACGAAGCCGGCUUUUGCAGCGACAAGUGCAAGAAAUGACAGCGACCCUCGAAGAGUUGGCUAUGAAAAAGGUUCAUCUAGAGAAGAGAAGCGAGGCACUCCAAAGUCAGAUAGGUGAUGCCAAUAAAGUGAAUACUCUUCUAAAGACAGAAAAAGAACAAUGCACCAAAGAAAAGGAGGAAAUCAAAAUUUUAAAAGAUGAGGUUGAUUCUCAAUCAGAAUCAUUGCGGAAAGACAAAGACCUUGCAGUAUCAUCAUUGGCACAAUUCAGGAUAAAUGCAUCUAAGACAGUUGAGUUGCUCAUGGACAUGAAAACUAAAUAUGGAGCGCUAAGAACGGAGCACGAGCAGAUCCAGGAGGCAUCACGGAGAGACGGAGAGGACAAAGAGCAAGCCAUCCAGGCCAUCCAGCAGGACGCCACCAUGCGGGUCCAGCGGUGUGAAACGCAGAAGCAGGAGCUCAGUCAGGCCAUGAGCAGCAUCCGCAACGAGAUGUUUGUCCUCCAGCAGGCCAAUAAAGCCUGUGGGGCUCCUCAAGGACAGAGGGUGAGUGCUCAGGGCAACGUGUCCGAAGCAGGGGCUGGAGAGCAACAAGUGGUUCCAGCAAAUGAACAGGGGACUUUCAAUCAACAACAGCAACUUCUACAACAACAACAGCAGCAACAGCAACAACAACAGCAACAGCAGUUACAAAAUCAACAACAAGUACUACUACAACAGAAUGGUCUAAAUGCUCAACAACUCGCUUGGAUGCAGAAAAAACAACAAUAUAUUCAGCAGCAACAAAUCCCCCAGCAACCACAACAACCAGAUCAACCAGACCAACCACAACAGAAACAUAUGCUCUAUGAGCAACAAUACCAGCAAGAACAGAUUGAAGAACAAGAAAAAGAAGAGCAAAGACAAGAAGGUGAACAACAAGUGGAACAGCCAGAUCAAGCAGAUCCAGGCCCAGUUCAGAUGGAGGCCAACCCUGAGACGAAGAAAGACGAGGGCCAACAGCAGCAGCAGAUGUUCCUCAACCGAGAGCAGCAGCAGCCAGGAGAGAAGCAGGAACAGGUCCCGGGCCAGGUGGUACCAGACCAGGGCCAGGUCGACAGAGAAACCAACAAUAUCGAAGUAGACCAAGGUCACCAAGGAAACCAAGAGGUCAACGCAGAGGACCCUCGAGGGCAGCACAAUGAAGAAGACGACGAUAGUCAGUUGAGUGACGUGGAGAAGGAGGAGGUACAACAGUUUGACCAAGGACAAGUACAAGCUCCUCAGCCCGUAGGUGGCGUAGGAGAAGAAGACGAAGCCGGAGAGAGUAGCUUAUCCGAAGUUGGAAAGUUAGAAGAAGGGGAGAAUGUGAAAGGAGAGAUCGUACUCCAGGAGGAGGAUGAUGACGAAGAUGACGAUGACAGGUUGGAGGUCGGCGACAUCGACCCUGGACAGCAAGACGAUGAUGAACAAGAACUGGCAUCCCAUCCAUCUUACAGUGACUAUUCUGAAGAGGAGGAAUCUUCUGUCGACGAUGAGAACUACGGGGGUGAAGCAGAGGAACCCGAAGAUGACGACGGGGAAGAGGAUGUAGGUGGAGGAGCCGUUCCCAUGGAUGACCAGGGAAAUGAGAUUGUACUGGCUGCGGACUUUGACGACAACGGAGAGGUGCAGGAAAGAAUGGACUAUGAUCAGGAGGAGAACCAAGCAGAACAGGAACAUCAUGUUGAUUUCGACAAUGACCAGGAAAUGGACAAUGACUACGGCCAGGCUGACCAGGAAAGGGACGAUGACUACAGACAGGAUGAGCAGGAAAUGGACAAUGACUACGACCAGGCUGACCAAGAAAGGGACGAUGACUACAGACAGGCUGACCAAGAAAGGGACAAUGACUAUGGCCAAACUGACCAAGAAAGGGACGAUGACUAUGGCCAAAAUGAAGGGAGUUUUCAUGAUAGUGAGGAUGAUGGUGAAGAGAAUCCUGAGACCUUGCGUGAUGAGAACAACAGGGAAAACCUUGAGGAUAUCCAACAGGAAGGGUUUGGAAGAUACGUGUAAAACAAAGGAAUCCAGGUUGAUCCAAAUGCACAAGAUCAGGAGGGGGUUAGAGUGCAAAACCAUGGACUUAAAAGAUGAGGACAGAAUGCAGCAGGAAAUUCGUGACAGGAUAGAAGAGGAAGCCCAAUAU